GCUCAGAGGAGAGGGGGCAAGAGCGGGAGGAGAUAAUAUUGUACUUCAGACAUAGAGCUUGAAACAUACGCCGCGUAUCCGAAGUCAUACUAUUAUGGUGUAGGAGUCUGGGAAAUACUAUUGGAAUCACAUUCGAGGACCAAUCCCCUUUUUCACGCAACAGACUCCUGUUUGAGAUGUUAAAACCCGGUGACCCUAGCGGAUCUGCUUUCUUGAAAGUGGACCCGACGUACAUGCAACACUGGCAGCAGCUCUUCCCUCAAAGCCAGUUGAAGAAUGGAGGCAUUACGCAGCUGCAGCCGCCGGACAGGGUAGCUGUUCCGGUGGAAAGUCUCCGUCAGCGGCCGAACCUGAUCUCCUCCACAUCAUCAUCGUCGGCUUUAACACCUUCCUCCACAUCUUCAUCGACUCCAUCCGUUUCAUCAUUGGCAGGUUUAUCUCAACUAUCUGUGCCACAAAUUGCACUUUUUGGACAAACUCUCUCUUCUGACAUUGUCUCGUCAGACAACACCAACCUCCAAGCGAAAGAACUUUGUAUAUCCUCCAGCUUUAAGAAUGACAAAGGGUCCAGAUUUAAACUGACCUCCGAUGAGUUAGACUACUACCUCUACGGACAGCAGAGAAUGGAGAUUAUCCCAUUGAACAAUCACACCGGAGACCACAACAAUCGGUGUGACAUGUGUGCAGAUAACCGUAACGGAGAGUGCCCCAUGCACGGGCCCCUGCACUCGCUGCGGCGCUUGGUGGGGACAAGCAGUGCAGCGCCGGCCGUGCCGCCCCCAGAUGUCCCUGACUGGCUGCGGGACCUGCCCCGUGAGGUGUGCCUCUGCACCAGCACUGUGCCCGGCCUUGGCUACGGCAUCUGUGCCGCCCAGCGUAUCCCACAGGGCACCUGGAUCGGCCCCUUUGCGGGAGUCCCCCUCCUCCUGGAUAAGUUGCAGUCAGGAGGGGUGCGCAACACAAGGCACUUAUGGGAGAUCUAUGACCAGGAAGGGACGUUACAGCACUUUAUUGACGGCAAUGAGCCGAGCAAGUCGAGCUGGAUGAGAUACAUUCGCUGUGCACGGCACUGUGGCGAGCAAAACAUGAUGGUGGUCCAGUACAGAUCAUGUAUAUUCUACCGGGCAUGUAUGGACAUUCCAAGAGGAACAGAGCUCCUUGUCUGGUACAAUGACAGCUACACCUCCUUCUUUGGCAUCCCUCUACAGUGCAUUGCGCAGGAUGAAAACUUGAAUGUACCAACCACAGUCAUGGAGGCCAUGAGCAGACAAGAGACGCUGCAGCCGCUCAGUAAAACGGGCAAAGGUUUCUCGGUGGCCCUGCUGCGCUCCAUGGUCUUCCCCCACUCGCCCUGCUCCAGAAGCUUCUCCCUGAUGGACAAGGGUGGCCACACGGACUCCGGCUUCAACCAGAUGAGCUCUAAGAACCAGCGAGUCCUAGCCAGCCCCACCUCCACCAGCCAGCUGAGCACCGAGUUCAGUGACUGGCACCUCUGGAAGUGCGGCCAGUGCUUUAAGACGUUCACGCAACGCAUCCUGCUCCAGAUGCAUGUGUGCACACAGAACCCAGACAGACCUUACCAGUGUGGACACUGCUCCCAGUCCUUCUCCCAGCCGUCGGAGCUGCGCAACCAUGUCGUCACUCACUCCAGCGACCGGCCCUUCAAGUGUGGCUACUGUGGCCGGGCAUUUGCAGGAGCCACCACUCUCAACAACCACAUCCGGACACACACUGGGGAGAAGCCAUUCAAGUGCGAGAGGUGCGACAGGAGCUUCACACAGGCCACCCAGCUCAGCAGACACCAGCGGAUGCCCAACGAGUGCAAGCCCAUCAGCGGCGAGAGCAGCGAAUCAAUCGAGGUGGAUUAGCUGAUUGACUGGCCGGAAUUAAACUGCAAGGAAAAUCAUGAUUAAAUGUCACGGACACUUAAACAAAACCAAAGAUUUCCUCUGAGAAACUCUCAAUCAGCCCCAGAAAACCAAAAGCAGUAAUAAAAUAAGUAAGAUGUUAAGAGUUAUUGAUCUUGGCACAGAAAAGGGAC